UUGUACUCUUUUUGCCUUCAUCGCUAUCGGCGGUGACUACUAUCUACAGCACACUCUGCAUUAUCUACCCUUCACCUCUAUCUACCCGUUCACCCAUUUCCCUCCAAGCAAUUAUGUCUGAUGAAAUCCUUCCCGGUGAUGUUGUCGCAGUCAAUCAUGGCUUAGCAGGUCGUCAAGAAGGGCUCGUUGUUGGGUCGCAUAUUGACUACCUGGGCCGACAAAUCAUUGAAGUUCAGCUUGAUUCUUAUGAGGUGUAUCAUGCCUGGCAUCCAACUGUGACCCGUAUCAGGCGUACGAUGUAUAAUCGACCCGCUCAAGUCCCUCUUAUUGGAGGCGUUCCGAGGACUAGGACCGUUGAGAGAAAGAUCUACUGGUAGUCUAUCGCUUCGGUCACCUUCGACGGAGCUAAGCUCGCUCCUCGGCCUCGUGGAUCAUGGUUCUAUUCCAUUCAUUUUGGACACAAUGCGCAGAAGGACGCGAUGUAAUUUAUUUAACACGGUGAUGUUUUGUAUGUAUCUGGGUACUUCUAAAGCCUGAGGUCACAGUCUAUCAGGAGAAAGAUGAGGGUAGUACUGCAAAAUUUCUUUGGACGCGUAUGUACUCUUAGGAGACUGCCAAUUUACUGUUCUUCGACGUAUAACUCAG